AUGGACAAAGAAGAAGCAGACCGGCUGAUAGAGAAGGCGAAGCUGUGUUUACGGUCCGGAAGGAAGGAUCGGGCGCUGCAGCUGCUAUAUGAAGCCCAGAAUAUUUAUCCCAGCACCCGGGCCAGAGAAAAGGGGCCCCGCGGGGGACCACGCCAGGGUGUUCUCAGGAUAAAGAAUUGCAAGGACUUCUAUGAAAUUCUCGGUGUUUCCAAAGAUGCCAGCGAUGAAGAUUUGAAGAAGGCGUACAGGAAGUUGGCCCUCAAGUUUCAUCCUGACAAGAACUUUGCUCCAGGAGCCACGGAUGCUUUCAAAGCAAUAGGCAAUGCAUAUGCAGUACUGAGCAAUCCAGAGAAGAGGCAGCAGUAUGAUCAAUACGGAGAUCAAUCUGCAGCUUCGAACGCACCCCAAACGUCCAGCCACAGUCGCCAUGGAUACUACAGAAGCUUUAACAGAGACUUCGAGGCUGACAUUUCCCCCGAGGAACUCUUCAACAUUUUCUUUGGAGGAAGGUUUCCCACCGGAAAUAUCCACGUGUACACCAACCAGGGAGCCUCCUACUCUCAGUUCUAUCAGCCUCGUCGUCGACGUGCUUAUGAGAGGCGCGAGGAGGUGGUGGAGGACAACCAGACUCAGAACACCUUCACAGCGUUCCUGCAGCUUCUCCCCGUGCUGGUGCUAAUCCUCAUAUCAGUGUUUACUCAGAUGAUGGCUACUAACCCGCCCUACAGUCUCUUCUAUAAGCCGGCCAUGGGGCUGGUGGUCUCCAGGGAAACGCAGCACAUGGGUGUACCAUACUAUGUGGAUAAAAGUUUUGAGAAGGAAUACCGUGGAGGUGCGCUGGAUGAAAUAGAGAAAACAAUUGAGAGCGACUAUAUCGAACACCUGCAGGGAAGCUGCUGGAAAGAGAAACAGCAAAAAUCUGACUUGGCAAACCUUGGACAGCUGUACCGAGAUGAACGGUUAAAGCAGAAGGCCGAGUCAAUGAGGCUGGACAACUGUGAGAAACUGCAUCGAUUGGUUGGGCGUCAGAGAGGCAAAUGAGGACUGUUUGAGAGGAGAACACGUUUCUUUACAGACUUUACAAUAAUGCAUUUUAUUGGAUUGUCUAAUUUAUCCAAUCUGGCCACUUUGUAAAGAAAUCUUUUUUUAAGGUACAGCGCAGUCAGUGGGAGAUUAUGCCACUGGAAACAAUGUGCCUUCUCUCCUCUUUGAUGGUAGAAAAUAGAGUUGCAUGUUAGCUGCCAACCCUGGCUGUGGUGGUAGCAGCAUCAAGUGCAAACUCACUGUGGCAGUGUGUUCGAUGUCUCAGAGCCUUUAAACUUUCUUAUAGAAAUGGCAUGACAUAAGGGGUCUCCCUUUGGGGUUAUGAAGGCAGUAGUAUGUUCACACAUACAAUUUUGUUUGUUCAGGUUUUGUAGUUUACCUGUGUAUUUAUUUUUGAAUGUUUUUGUGUCCUCACUGAAAUUUUAGGUGUAUUUAUUCAAUAUUUAAUAGAGUGAAUGUUACUUGAGAUUCCUGGCUCAUUAUUGUUUUUUUUUCUGUAGGAAGUAAUAAAACACAGUGACUUAAAUCAUA